CGGGAGGAACAUUAUACUUACACAGUAUGUACGAAUACUGAAGUAUCCUUCUCACCCUCCGUUACGACUAGAUACUUCGUAUAUCUUACCUCAACUCUACUCAUCUCACUGACCACAGACCGCGACCACCGUUCCAUUGCAUUGCCUCAGGUCAGGCCAGGUCGCCAACAAAACAAGCUCCCGAGAGUCCACACGGCAGACAGAACACCUAGAUCAGCUUCAACUUCAAUGGCACUUAUAUUCAACUCAUGUCCCAGAGAAUGACCAGUCUGUUACUCCGUUGUGCCCGCAAUACAACCUACUCCGCAGCCGCCGCCCACCAAAUAUGCGCUUCAUCCCCUGGCUUUGCUGUCUUGUCACACACGCCUGGACAGUGACAGCCAACGUCGAAAAGACCAUCUUCCUUGGCCCGAGCCCUGUUACAAUCUCCAAUGUGCACCCAAACCUUGACGACCUCUAUCUAGACUCUCUUUCUCCCCUCCACACGUCUGCCCUGGGAAAACAACUCUCUGUACAGUUUCCAACGGGUGCCGCACCCCGCGGUGCUGAGUCUUGGUACAUACUACAAGGUCUUACCAGCGGGCAAAGAUACGAGGUCCGCAUCUGUUGGCCUGCGACUUCACCAACUGACUUCUGGCUCGACGCCUAUCCACUCACGGACGUUUUUGAUACAUCCGAACUAUCGCAGUCUCUGGCGCUUUACAGUGAACGAAGACAGGAUUCAAAGCCAGGAACCGUAGCACAUGCGUAUAGCGACAUUCCUCCCUCGGCGCAGUCCAUACUGUUCCUACGAGUCCAGGCUGCCGCUGCAUUCUACACCAAGAAUCACACGUUAAUGGAGCAUCCUCUUCCUGUGGACGUCGAUAUCAUUCUCGAUCCGUUCAUCUUGAAUAUUCUACCACGCUCAUUGAUUCCUGUGGGAAUAUACAUCAUCAUCCUCGCGGUAGGCGCCUGGUUCCUGUCAGCCUACUUAUAUCGUUGGCUACUUUCAAUCGCCACAGAAGCACCUUCAAAACCUCACACAGACUGAGGCAUGUCCGCUGCAGGGGCAGCACACCCACCACCUUCACCACCGCCGCCGCCGCCGAGAGGCUUUCAUAGUCUACCUGCUGAAUUACUACUACUUAUCACCCAGUACAUCCGGACAGAAGACUAUCUCAGCUUCGCCCUCGCCAUCUACCCUACGCUCGAGCGCCAUGGCCUGGUUCCUCCACUUACGGUAGGCAUCUAUCAUCGAAUCAUUGGCGCUUGGCAAAAUAGAGCAGCGCCCGUAGAAAACACACGCCCGGAUCCUCCAGGACCUGGAAUUCUACCGAUCGAGCUAGUCGAGUUGAUACUGAGAUCUCUAGAACCGGCUGAUGUCAUCGCCGUCAUAUUCGCACA